CGCCGCCGCGCGGCCCAUUUCGCUUUCCAGCCGGACCCUCCCCCCAGCGCGUACGGGCAAACUCAGAAGAUGAACCUCUUCCAGUCAAUAACGAGUGCCUUGGAUAACACUUUAGCCAAAGAUCCUACUGCAGUAAUAUUUGGUGAAGAUGUAGCCUUUGGUGGAGUCUUCAGGUGUACAGUUGGUUUGCGAGACAAAUAUGGUAAAGACAGAGUUUUCAACACUCCUUUGUGUGAGCAGGGAAUUGUUGGCUUUGGGAUUGGAGUUGCCGUUACAGGUGCUACAGCUAUUGCAGAAAUUCAGUUUGCUGAUUACAUUUUUCCAGCCUUUGAUCAGAUUGUUAACGAAGCAGCAAAAUAUCGUUACCGCUCUGGAGAUCUGUUCAACUGUGGCAGUCUGACCAUCAGAGCCCCCUGGGGCUGCGUGGGCCACGGGGCCCUCUACCACUCUCAAAGUCCUGAAGCUUUUUUUGCCCACUGUCCAGGGAUAAAGAUUGUUAUUCCAAGAAGUCCUCUUCAGGCCAAAGGAUUGCUGCUAUCAUGUAUAGAGGACAAAAAUCCAUGCAUAUUCUUUGAGCCUAAAAUACUUUACCGAGCUGCAGUGGAGCAAGUUCCUGUGGAGCCCUACUACGUUCCGCUGUCUCAAGCUGAGGUGCUGCAGCCGGGCAAUGAUGUGACCCUGGUUGCCUGGGGGACUCAGGUGCAUGUGAUCAAAGAGGUUGCAGCGAUGGCUCAAGAAAAACUUGGUGUGUCCUGUGAAGUUAUUGAUCUGAGGACCAUCUUACCCUGGGAUAUGGAGACAAUUUGCAAGUCAGUGGUGAAGACUGGGCGAUUGCUGAUUAGCCAUGAGGCGCCUUUGACAGGAGGGUUUGCAUCUGAAAUCAGUUCCACAGUUCAGGAGGAGUGCUUUUUGAAUUUAGAGGCUCCUAUUUCAAGAGUAUGUGGCUACGACACUCCCUUCCCUCACAUCUUUGAGCCUUUCUACAUCCCAGAUAAAUGGAAAUGCUAUGAUGCUCUUCGAAAAAUGAUUAAUUACUGAGAAGUAAUACAGAGAUGAGAAGAACAGGGAAAUACAGAAGCCGCCUUCAAAACUCAUGAUACUUACUCAGAGCUUUUGGUUUUGGAAUUUGUAAAGCACACAGAAGUUUUCACUGAAGUCAACUAUCCUUAAUAUUCAUCCUGACUAUUCUUCAGAAAGUUGAAAUCUCUACUAAUUAUGACAUUAAUGAUGGACAAGUGAUUCCUACMAUAAUUUCAGAUAUAUUUAAAAAUAUUUCAGAUUCAAUUUGAGCCUUAUACAUUUUGCAGUGCUUUGUUAGAUUACCUCUAAAUUUCACUAUGUAAAUAUUAGAAACAAAAUUUUAUUCAAUAAAACAAAUUAUGCACAUGAUGUGUCCUGUUUUUAUUGUUGCUUCAGGAAAACCCAAAGAAGUCCUUUGAAUGUGACUAUGUUUUCAGCAAAAUAAAGCAAGGCCAACUUGUGUGUCUGGCCAAAUUUAGUUUUUGACUAAGAUCUUUAACAAGUGUGAUUAGUUGCCUGUCUUUAUGAAUUGAAUGGUUUCAUGUAAAAUAGGUCCAAAAUACUGAUUUCAUCCUCUCUGAGGAAAACAGAAACUCUUAACAUACUUCUUAGGAAGAGRUUAAAAAGUGCUUUAGAUGAUAGUCUCCAUUGCUACAUUUACUGCAGUAUUAUUGUUUAAUGAUUUUUUCCUUUAGAUAUGGGAUAUCUGCUGCUGAACAGUUAAAUAAAAUGUACUGACUUGUCCAAAGAAAGGUAACAGUACUCUGCCAUAACCAUGUCAGUGGUGGGAGAAGAAAUAGUACACAUGCCAUUUUCUGUUGAUGAGGACAUAGUCUUUCUGGUAGCAUUGUAUUGCUAUAAUAAAGCUAAAUGUGAGCGUAUUUAUUUUUCCUGUGCUAACAGAAAGUACACUGACUAUCCUGAAGUACAAAAAUGAUUCUAGUCUUUUAAAUUGAGAGCUUUGGAACUAAAUAGAGAUGUCUGCUUAAUUUUCAAUAACGUCCUCCUUUUCCAUAUGACAAAUCAAGGACAGAGCAAGGAUCCUUGCUGUGAAAGCUGUCAUACCUUGUCC